GGCCUUCCUGUGUUACGUUUCUGGAAUUUGAGUUCAAGGGUAAGGCGGAGACUACGAUCCCAUUGUUAUCACGUACGCUGUUUACUCAAAGGAGUUCUAAUCCAGCACUGCAAGUACAUGUAGUAGUUCUGUGCAAAUCAUCAUUUGAGCGCUCAGAAAAUCGAUAUAUCGCGCCGUUUACAUCGAAAGUGGGACAAAACAGAAACUAACUAUGUUUACCAGGACAGAGCCAUCUUCGCUGCUCUGCAUCAAUGCUGUGGUUUUAGCUCUUGUGGUGUCAUCUUGUGCCAUUAACAUGUCGUCAUGGCAACGUUUCUGGUGGUGGAUCCCCGGGCAAACUUGGCCUGCGGAUGUCAAAGACGUACUCAAAGACGCCUUUGGGUCGUGUAAGCCGGACGAUCCAUAUUGCUUCCAGCGGCUUCCUUCAUGGGCGGAAGAAGACGCAACAGAACUGCUAGCUGUUGACUCUGACGGAACUGUUUAUCAGUGGAAGUUUGACUCGAAGAACCCAACUGCGCAUUCCGUCUGGCAAGCUCUUCAUGAUCAUCAAGAAACGCCACAUGGAAAAAUUUUGAACAAGCAACUGUGGGAUCCCUUAGUAGUAGAGGGAUAUAAGGCUAAAGCAACGCAGGACUCUUUCAUGUAUCGAGAACAGAAUGGCGUGAAGUCCUUCCUCUUGGACGACGACAACUGUGACUGCCUGUCUACACUAAGCAUGGGUCAUGGGAUGUGUAACGCUGGUCACUCUACCUCUUACAGCAAGUCUAACGUGUUUGGUGUUGAUAGACUGUACGACCCAGGCUGCCGUGGACCAUCUCCAAGUUAUGGCCUUUCGUUGUAUUUCCGAACGGCCAAGAAACUUGCCCUGGAAGACUUUGGUGGGGGAUGGAGGGCAUUCUGGUGGUGGAAAAAAGAUUUAACCUGGCCUGAACACGUAAUAGAUGUUCUUGGAAGCCCAUAUGGUUCAUGCGGAGAGUUCCACGUGUACUGCUUCCAACGUUUACCCUCCUGGUUGAAGGAAAAUGACACGGAGCUUCUUGCAGUUGACUCUUUGGGAACAGUCUAUAAAUGGUCCUUUAAUCCGAAGAAUUCUGUCGCCCACGCUGCAUGGCUUGCAUUUCAUGAUCACGAACAAGUCCAACACAAAGAUGUUCUUGACUCCAGCCCAUGGAAUCCAGUGGCUCUUAAGGGGAAUGCGCCGUCAGCAGCCCAAGACUCUCUGAUGUACCGUGAGCAAAACGGAGUGAAGUCUCUUUUACUUGACGACGACAACUGCGAUUGUUACUCCUCACUAAGUCUUGGCCAUGGCAUGUGUUUAGCUGAUCAUUCUAUUAGCUACAGCAAACCUAAUGUGUACGGUGUUGACGCUCUUUAUGAUAACGGAUGUCAUGGUCCUUUGUCAAACAUCGGGCUAACUCUUUAUUUCCGAGCUAAACGCCCUGAUUUGUACGAUUUCGGUGGAAGGUGGAGAGCAUUUUGGUGGUGGAAUGCUGGCGUGGAGUGGUCCGCCUGUGCACCUAAGAAACAAGAAGUUGAUGUGCUUGAAGACCCUUACGGCACUUGUUCUGGUGGUGAUCCGUUUUGCUUUCAACGGCUUCCUGCAUGGCUUGAAAAAGAUUCGACUGAAAUUUUGGCAGAAGACUCAAAAAGGAAUGUCUACACCUGGUCGUUCAAUGCUUCUAACCCAACAGCUAAAGCAGCAUGGGGCGCUUUUCAUAACCACAAAGAGACAGCGGCUGGCGCAGUCCUAGAUCAAAGUCCCUGGAAUCCUAACGUUCUUCAAGGAAAAUCGCCUGUUGCUGACCAGGAUUCGUUCACAUAUAGAAGUACAAAUGGUGUAAAAUCCUUGCUUCUUGACGAUGACAAUUGCGACUGUCUCUCGACAAUCCAACUUGGUGCGACUGUUUGUGGCAGCCAGCUAGAUCCAAACGGUCGCGGAGUAGACCUCUUGUAUGACCCUACGUGCGGUCUCCCAAGCCCUCAUAAAGGUCUGACUCUUUUCUUUCGAGUUCCACAACAAAAAUUGACCUUCGAGGGUUAUGGGCAGAAAUGGACCGCUUUUUGGUGGUGGCCAAAAGACGGAAGCUGGCCCAAGGACGUGACAGAUGUCCUAGAGAAGCCACAUGGCGAAUGUAAGGACACAGAUAUCUACUGUUUCGGAAGGCUUCCAACGGAUGCAAAAGAGGAUAGGACAAAAUUGCUCGCUAUUGACACUGAAGGUAACGUAUACCUUUGGAAAUUCUCCUCGGUGAACCCAACAGCGCAUGCGGUCUGGUCAGCCUUACAUGAUCACCAAGAAACACCAUUUAACAAGCUAAAGAAUAACAAAGCAUGGAAUCCUAAAUUGCUGAAAGGAACAGCUCCAAAAGCCCCUCAAGACUCCUUCAUGUAUCGAGCUCAAGGUGGUGUGAAGUCUUUUCUUUUGGAUGAUGAUAACUGUGAUUGUCUGUCGACCCUCAGCAUGGGACAUGGUAUGUGCUCAGAUGGAUUUUCUACAAGUUAUGGUCCUGAAAAUCGGUAUGGAGUUGACGCCCUCUAUGAUGAUCACUGUAACACGCCGAGACCUAACGUUGGUCUGGCACUGUACUUCUCCGUGUCCGAGGAAGUGGUACGCCCAACGUCAUCUUGUAAACAUGGCGGAAACUGGCUCGCUUUCUGGUGGUGGACAGCAGAUGCACCUUGGCCUGUUGAUGAGAAAGAUGUAUUAGCCUAUCCCUUUGGUUCUUGCAGCUCGUAUGGCGAAUACUGCUUCGGGCGAAUUCCGUCCUGGGCAAGGGAAGACUCUACUGAAAUGCUUGCCAUUGACUCUCAAGGAAACGAAUACCUUUGGAAAUUUGAUUCUCAUAAUGCUGUUGCACAUGCGGCUUGGUUGGCUUUCCACGAUCAUGUGACCACUCCCGCUGGCAAAGUCGUCAACAACGCGGACGGCUGGGAUCCAGUGGUUCUACAGGGAAAAGCUCCAGUCGUCAAGCAAGACUCCUUCAUGUAUCGUGAACAGAAUGGCGUCAAGUCCAUUCUGAUGGAUGAUGAUAACUGCGAUUGUAAAACGACAUUGAAUAUUGGACACGGAAUGUGUCUAGCCGGGCACAGCACCAGCUAUGGUCCAGCAAAUCAGUUUGGCGUAGAUGCUCUUUACGACCCGGGCUGCAAUGCUCCUCGUCCAGAAAUUGGGCUGACGCUUUAUUUUCGGCCAAAAUAAGAUGUGCUAAUAUAUGGGCGAGUUAAGAAAACUCUGUAGAAGUAACAGACUGCCUUUUUGUCUGCCUAGAUUUUAGAACUGUACUGGAGCCCAUCGUGGUCGAUCAUGAUAAUAAGAUUCAGAACUACAUGCAUAACGUGUUUGAAUUUGUUCAAAAACGUUAAGUAAAAAUAGCUCGUUUGCUUACCAGAUUUUUCUGUUGUAGUUUGCGAUCAAAAAUUAUGUAAACAAUAAUAAAACUCGCUCAUGUAUUCCAG